AUGGCGGACGCCGCAUUCAAGCCGGAGAAGGACUUCUCCAAGGAGGCCGACAAGCUCAUCCCCGAGGCGGAGAAGCUUGCCAAGUCAGACAUCCAAGGCGCAAUCGAGAAGCUGAGCGUGUUGGAAAAGCAGGCCCGCCAGGCAUCAGAUCUCGCAACUACAUCACGAGUUCUCGUCGCCAUCGUCACGAUAUGCAAAGAUGAGGGUGACUGGAGCUUACUCAACGAUCAAGUCUUGGUUCUGUCCAAGAAGCACAGCCAGCUGAAGCAGGCCAUCACCAAGAUGGUCCAGACGGUUGUGUCAUUCCUAGACUCCACGCCAAACCUCGAGACGAAGCUGUCCGUCAUCGAGACGCUGCGGACCGUCACUGAGGGCAAGAUCUUUGUCGAGGUGGAGCGCGCGCGCGUCACCAAGAUCCUUUCCGACAUCAACAAGGAGCAGGGCGACCUCAAGGCUGCCACCGACAUUCUGUGCGAGUUGCAGGUUGAAACCUUUGGAUCGAUGGAGCGUCGGGAGAAAACACAGUUCCUCCUUGACCAGGUCGCAUUGUGCAUCGAGAGCGGAGACUGGACGCAGGCCGGCAUCCUGAGCCGCAAGAUCAGCACCAAAUACCUGGCGCGCAAGCCCAAGAAGACACCCGAGCAGCUGGAGAAAGAGAAGCAGGAACGGGAGAAGAAGGCAAAGAAGGGCGAUGUCGUGCCCGAGGUUGAGGAGGAUGAUACCACCGACCUGAAGUUGCGAUACUACGAGCAGCAGGUCAUACUGUCCCAGCACGAGGACAAGUACCUCGACGUCUGCAAGCACUACAGGCAAGUCCUGGACACGGAGGCUGUCGAGGAGGACCCGGCCAAGCUUCGAGCUGUUCUUCAACGAGUCAUCUACUUUAUCAUACUCGCUCCCCACGACAACGAGCAGCAUGACCUCCUUCACCGUAUUCACCGAGACGCACGCAACAGCCAGAUACCGCUGGAUGCGGAACUACUCAAGCUCUUUACUGUGCACGAGCUUAUGCGCUGGCCAGAGGUCGCCAAGACGUUCGGCCCCCAUCUCUGCUCAACAGACGUCUUUUCCAACCAGCCCCCUCCAUCCGCAUCUUCCAACGCGACUCCUUCAGCAGCCACCGACAAGGUGGUUAAGCCUUACAAGCGGUGGGAGGACCUUCGUAAACGCGUGAUCGAGCAUAAUGUGCGCGUUAUCGCCCGUUAUUAUACGCGCAUCAGAAUGGACCGCCUGACGGAGCUGUUGGAUUUGGCCGAGGAGGAGACGGAAAAGUACAUCAGCGACCUCGUCACCUCCAAGACGGUAUACGCAAAAAUCGACAGGCCGGCGCGUAUCGUCAACUUCGCCAAGCCACGUGAUGCGGAUGACGUCUUGAAUGAGUGGAGCAGCAAUAUGAAAUCGCUACUUGGUCUGUUGGAGCGCAUCGAUCACCUGAUCACCAAGGAGGAGAUGAUGGCGAACAUUCAACCCGGCGCCAAGGGCAAGGGCAAGGGAGAGAAGGCGCCGAGCACACGAGUAAAAUAA